AUGCAGACCACGAUACUGCCCGUAGACCCGCGCAAAAUCGGUCAUCUGAAGAUUGAACCAAGGCCCCAUGAUAUUCUGGACGACUUCACGUUACAACUGGAUGGUAACUCCCAAGAUGCGAGUAACCUUCUUUUAGCGGGCGAGCGGCUCAGGUUGUCCGACGUGCCUGUUGCAUUUCCUACCGAGACUGUCUACGGACUUGGUGCGGACGCCACACGAAGCAACGCAGUACUGGGAAUAUAUAAGGCUAAACAGCGACCUGCUGACAACCCGUUGAUCGUGCACUUUGCUUCUUUACAGCAAUUAAGAGACACUCUCAGGCCUUCUACGGCUGCACAGAAUGCGCAUCACUCAGACGGAGGUUCGGUGCACACGGACGACAGCGAUCCAAUACCGGAGAUCUAUAAACCGCUAAUACACCGCUUCUGGCCUGGUCCCUUGACUAUUAUCUUGCCAAAUCCUGCACACUCGCCCUUCGCUCCUGAGGUCACUGCAGGCUUGAGCACCUUUGGAGCACGCAUACCCGGCAAUGUGCUGGCAUUGGCACUCAUCAAGUUGGCAGGCGUUCCUGUCGCGGCUCCGUCGGCGAACGCGUCCACGAAGCCUUCACCUACAGCUGCUGAACACGUAGCUUUCGAUCUCAGCGGUCGUAUCGAAUCCAUCAUCGAUGGUGGACCGUGUAGCGUAGGUGUGGAGAGUACAGUCGUCGAUGGGCUUUCCAAUCCGCCUUUGGUUCUCCGGCCUGGCGGUGUGAGUAUUGACGAGCUUCGUAGCUGCCCUGGUUGGGAGGAGGUUGAAAUCGGCUAUAAGAAUGCUGCAGAAAGUGGCACCCAGCCCAAAGCACCCGGCAUGAAAUACCGCCACUACUCACCAAAGGCACCUGUUGUGCUCUUUGAGGCUGGGAGCGAACCAACAUAUGCCAAGACAUUGCAGCAGUACAUUGGACCAAACGGCAAGCUAGGCAUCAUCUGCACUCGGAGAUGGAACAUCGAGAGCGACACGAUAUCCACGGUUUCGCUUACGCUGGACGGCUCGCUUGUGCAGCUGUUCGUGAUCACGUUAGGGCCUGAUAUGGGCAACAUCGCGCGAGGCGUCUUCGCAGCGCUUCGAGAACUUGACCGGAACGAUGUGGACGCGAUUCUUGUGGAGGGUGUUGAUGAUGGUGAGGAAUUGACGGCUGCCGCCGUCAUGAACCGGCUGCGUAAGGCUGCGGAAGUCAAUGCAGGUUGA